GGCGUCACUUCUUAUAUCGUUUUCGCGGCUCGUAUUACCGUAAAUUUUACCUACAGUGAUUCAGCCGAAUUAUAGUAUUUCUUGAUACUCAACUCAACGAGUUCGUUAUCAUGAGCAGAACAUUUUCCCCAAAUUUCGUGGUGGCAAUUUUGUGCGUAACGAUGUGCACUGCAUAUGAAGACGAUGAAGAACAGUUUAGGGAUUUCAACGACAUCCUGCUCCAUAGAUCUCGCCCUGAAAAGUGGCAAAGCAGAGAUGAUUCAUCAGAAAUUGUGAAGCUCGCAAUGCCAGGUGUUCACCCGACGAAGGUAAAGAGGGUAUUCUCUAUUCAUGGUUUUGGUGUUACGAUAGAAAUUAUUGGGCCAAUAGUCGUUAUAUAAUUUUUCUGAAGUUUCAUCCCAAUUAAGCGUUUGCAUUUAUUACAUGCUUGGAAAACAUCAUCACUCUUUUGCUGACAAGAUUGACACACAUCCCUAUAUUUCAUCGACAACGUUAUCUAGGUGUUUCUAAAUAAUCUUUCCACGAAAGUUGAAUUUUAAAGCAAUAGUAUCUUUUGCGUUUUUUAUCGAGAUACGGGUCACAGAAUCGGAGGGGUUGUUUGGACGAGAGGGGAAUAGGACGAGACAUCAGAUGAGAAACUGUCUGUCACGCAUAUUUUACUGUUUUCUUAGCCCCCUCUCGAUCUUGUCACAGCAUUCAAGCGCUCUUUUCCUCCACAUCCCUUAGAGAGAGAGAGAAAGAGAGAGAGAGCUCUUCUAAUAAAAACAGACUCCUUGCGUCUAAGCUUUGAUGGAUCCCCUAAGAGCUGCCUUAGCUAAAUAUGUUUGUUUAUCUAAAAUGAUAUUCUUUUUGCAUACUGAUUGUAAUGAAUACACAUUAUUUUGCUAUCACUUCCACCACCAUCCCCCUUCCCCCCAAAAAUGUUCAGAACUACUAGCAUACAUUUUUUUCCUGCUCUCAUCUAAAUUGGUACCUGGUUUGUUACUCACCAAAAUGUUCUUCAAAGAAUAUUACUCUCAACAAAUCAGCAACCAACUUUAAAAGAGAAAUCAAUAACAUGCUGCAGGUGGAUAUUUUUUUUUUUCAUGUUCUAGCUUUUCAAUAUUGUUUCAACUUUGUCAAUCACAGUGUGCGCAUCAUACAUAACUGUCAAAAUAUGUUGAGCAAAAUGUCACAUAUUGCAGGAAGACACAUACCUCUGUACUGCUGUGGAUCUGCAUAAAAAGAAAGACUAUAUUGGUAGGUAUUUUACAGUGGAUAACAUUAUGGCUAACAGAGCUUCAAUUUAAAUCUUCUGAAAAGAAAAAAAUUUAUCAUAGAGAUACAAUAUUUUACAAUAUCACAGUAGAUCAUGUAGUCCCCUUAAAUUUCAAAAGAAAAACAUAUUUGACUUAACAUCAAAAUGAACUAAUAAUUAUUCAAACAAAAAUUACACAUCAUUACACUAUAGUGAACAACCACAAAUGUGUCAAUGUUUGUCAUCCAUUUCAGUUGCAAUCAAACCUCUAGUUAACAUGAACACAGCCCACCAUUUGAUGGUAUUUGGAUGCCCUGAGCCAGCAAAACAUGCUUUUGCAAGUGAUGGAGAAUAUUGGUAUGCUAAUUAAAAGGGUGAUGGACAAAAUGUGACCCAUAACUCAAAAUCCAGUUGUAUUUGAGAAAUUUAUAGCAUCAACGGAAGAAAAUAAAGAAGGAGCAUGCAAUUUAAGUUUAUAAAUAGCAGUGCUUGCAAUAGAACUGAUUCAAAGUAGGAUUUUGUAGGUCUAAUGUAUUUUGGGGUUGUCCAUUUGGGUAGCCCAUCAAGAUAGUACAUGGAAUGGGGGUCAGUCAUUCAAGGUAGGACUUUUUAGGAUUAUUCCAUUUUCAGGUAGUCCAUUUGUGUAGCCAAUCAGGAUAGUCCAUGGAUUAGGGGUCAGUGUUUUGUCCAUCACCUAAUCAAAGGAAAGGAUCCUGACAAUAAUGCUCCUAUAAUGUAACUUAAGUAUUUUGCAUGUGGCUUUUAAUUAUACAGCAAAGAAAAACUUGGUUACGAGUAAGAAGGUUUUACCAUUGCAGCUACUGAUCUUAUUGAAGAUAAUUAUUAUAAAAUUAACAAAUAUAUUCAACAUUGCUUUGCAUCUGUUUAGUAAUAGAUCACAAAUGAGGUCAAAAUGUGGUAAGAACAAAAAGGUGGCACACAAAGUGCAGCCAAGAGUGAUACCUAGAGUGAUCCAUUACAGACUCUACAGGCCUACGGCAGCAUGCAAAGAAUCAAUUUAUUUUAUAUGAUAAAAAGAAAAUUGUUGCUAAUGGUGACAUAGAACCAAUCAAAAUGCAUGUUCAAUUCAUCUAAUUACUCAAUUAAUCAUGCAUGGUUAGCCUUAAAAUGGUUUGGUGCAAAGUGCCAGUGGAGGUAAAAAUAUUUUUUGGCUUCAUGUCUUCUUGUUCACUGUAAAUGUCCUGAGACAAAUACAAAAAUAUACUAACCACAACUAGUAUAUGUUAAUUAAGUAUACGAAAUAAGUAAGUAAUAUUUAAUCUUCUUUUUUUCAGGGUAUGUGGAGAAAUGGGAUCCAAUUAUUGCAAGGGUUCUGAUGCAAAUAUAUUGUAUGCUUGGGGAAGAAAUGCUCCAGAGUUGGACUUACCACCUGGUACAGUAUGCCAAUAUUCACCUUCAUAUUAAUCGUUUUAUUGUUGUUAUCAUCAUUUUUAAUAUCAGGAAUGCUUAAUGCCAUUUUACUCUGUCACAUGGGGCCUUUCUUAACCUGGCACUUCAGUAUCAACUUCCUGUACAACAAUAAUUGCAUGUUACAUAUCUUUGAUCUGACAUAUUGCAUUAGAUGGGCUGUCAGAGACAAAAGAAUGUUGUGGCAAUCAAAAAUUAAAUGUUGUCAGAGAGUUUCUUAUUUUUCAUUUUAAAUUUCAUCAAACACUGCUAGAGAAUUUGUUGUUAAUUUUCUAGACACUGCCUUUGAAGUGGGUGGCAAAUCUGAUAACAGUUACCUUGUACUUGAAGUUCACUAUGCAAGUGCAGACAGGUUUUUAGGUGAGUUUCAUGGUUGGUCAAUGGUGUUCCUUCCAGGUCCUUCCUAGUGGCAAAUUAACACAAAAGUUUUGACAGUUUCUAAAUUUUUUCUUUAGGUGUAUAACUUCCAAUUAUGUCACUUUACAAUUUUGCUUCCCCAUCUUGUAUUCUAGAUUAUAGGAUUGUUUUCAUGAACCUUUUCAUAUCAAAUUUAUGGCUAAGAAACUUGCCAUUUAAGGGAAAGCAGAUAGCUACUUGUUAAUAAAUAUUGUGGGCUUGGAUGGAGCUCAUGGUUAAAAAAUCACUCCUUAUCUGACACACAAUGUAGAUUGUUCAAUCUCUCCACAGCUGAUCCUACUCUGAAAGAUUACUCUGGGGUGGACGUGCAUGUGACAUCAGUACGGUGGGUACCAGUAGUUGCAAAUGAAUGCAGUUCCUCGAGGUUCUGCAGCAAUUUAAGCAUUGUUCAAACCUGAUUAGUACAAAUAAGGUAGUAGCAGUGUACCACAAAACCACUUUCCAUCAUGAUGUAAGAGUUUGAUGGGUCUGUAUCAUGCUUUGAACAACUCUGAUCUGAGCAAUAACAAAAUUAAAUGACAAUUAAACCUACUUAUUAAUAAACAAAAACAUGAGGGAGAAAGGUUGCUUAAUUUUCUUAAUUCCUCCCUGUCCUUUCCUUCUUGCAUUUCUUCCCAUCCUUUCUCCCUUCCAUCUCCCCUUGUCCUUAUUUCUUUCCCCAUUCAUCAGAUCGUCAAGCAAUUUUCCUGUCUUCCCCUUCAAUUCAUUUUUAGCCACUUUUUGUGACCUUCUCCCCUACUACUGCAUCAUAAAUGGAAAAAGUUACCAACCUAUGAAAUUAAUUCACAACGUCCUGCCUAAGGCUGCACUACAAGGCAAGCAUCAAGUGUAGGAUGAUCACUUGUUCUACCUAAAAAAAAAAAAGGUUGUAGUCAGCUGCUGCAAUUACUAUCAGUACUUGUUUGAAAUGAUUACUGCCUAAAGCUAACCUCUGGAGUCCUAAUCUCUGAAGCCAUGGGUCAGAACUUGGCUCUUAUUCUGUUUCUAGUUUUUAAGUUAAUUCUCUUCCUGCAGGAUCUGAAUAUUAAUAAUCAAGUAAAAUUUAAACCCUCAUUUGUUGAAAAUGAAUGAGGGAGUAGAAUGAUUUGUUACACUACUGUUCCCAAUGUUUCAGUUUUAACAUUUCUAUUUCUCAUUUUCCCUUCAAAGACCAAGUCAACUGGCUGCCAUAUUUGUCCUACAACCAUUUGGAGACAUUCCACCAAAGAAGGAAGGUAAAAUAAAAUCAUUGAUGUCACUCUGGCCCCUAACUGUCUUAUAACUUUAUACUGUGUUUCUUCUUUAUCCAGCUUGGCAUUUUGACAUUGGGUGUCAAUACAAUGACGGACCAGUCUUACAUCCUUUUAAAUUUAGAGUCCACACUCAUGGCAUUGGUGAGUUCCACUGAACUGAUCACAUUUAGACUGUAAUCAGUUUUCAGUCAUUUUUUCAUCUUAGGUUAGGGUUUUUUAUUUGUUUCUCUAUGACCCUUAAGUAAGACUAGCAUCUCAGUUCUCUUGACAAUAUCACCCCGAAUCACACAGUAAGGUCAUGAGAAUCAAGGAAGUGAUCACCAACCACCAAAGCUUUUGGUUGUUAAGAAGUGAUUGUUGUCAGCACCUUGGGAAAUGUAUAAAGAAUGGUACAGAGAAUACUGAUAAAUUAGUGUGUGAAGGGUUAAUAGUGCUAACAGAGGGUUAAAAAGAAUGAACUCCUUUAUAAGAGACUCCUUCUUCUAUAUACCUUUUGUGGUAUGAAGUCUUUUUGAAAAUAAUGGUGCAUGACUUUUAAAUAUGUUGCAGUAAUUACUAGAGAUGUUUUUAUCAAGAAUUGGCAUAUGACUGAUUAUUAAUGAGAAAAAUUUAUAGAACAAGUUUGCAUGGCAAAUUCAGCAUUCCAAAAAUCACUUGAGGGAGAUUCGUAAAAAUGGAGACCUUCAUAAGGAUUUUUUCAAUCAUUGUAAUUUGUGGCUGAUAAAGAUUUCCGUUUCUCAUCAAUCACUCUUCUGGUCUCUAAAAAUAUUUUGGUGAUGUUUUCUGUGUUUGGUCCGGUUUUUUAACUUGGGUUUUCAGAGUUAACAAUAUUUAUACUUGCAUUUGGUCCUAAAUCCACUUACUGGUGUGGUAACCUCUUAAUUUUUAAACUUGUGUUUGUAUAAAAAGGAAACCAAUUGGUUCAAAGCAAAUUUUCAAGUCUAAAAAGAUUUAAUGCAUAAAGUUUGGAUCUCAUGUUUGCACACUCAGUUGAGUUCAAUUCUGGAAUUGCUCUAGGGACGGUAGUGGUUGGCUACAGAAUACGUGAUGGGAAAUGGACUCAAAUAGGAAAAAUGGAUCCACAACGACCACAGGUAAGUUAAAUAUGCUUCAGCAGCUACACAACUCUCACUGUCACCCAGAAAAAAGACAGAUUUAUCGGGAAUUGGAUGUUUUUUCUGUAAACUGAAAAUCAGCCAGUGUUAUACACAAUGGGCAACAUUUUGUCCCUUUCUUCAUGUUAUAGAAAGUUAUAAUUAUGUCGGACAAACAGGUCAUCCAAAUUCUGCAUAUAUAAUUGAUUCAAAUUCCACACCUUCAGAUCACAUGGUCCAUUAUGCUUUGCUACUGAGUCACAGAUAAGCUCUAAUAGGUUAUUUGGAAGUCCUCCCCCUCUCUCUUCCCCCCCUCAAUGGGGGAGAGAAGGAGAUAGAUGAAAGUUAUAGAAAAAAAAUUUUUAAAUUAUUGGAAUUCCUUUCAUUUUAGGUUCACAUGUAACAAGCAUCUUACCUAAUGCUGGAGUCAGCAAUGUGAUAACUUUUUCUCAAUAAAGUAAAAAUGGAAAUUCAAAGUUUAUUAAAAUUACCCAUCAUCUGUAAGAUACCUGUCACUGCAUGAUGAGUAAGUGCUUAUCCACUAUCAAGGGACCCCUCUAAAAUUCUUGUACACAGAACACAGAAUUUAAGGGAUUAAAAAUUGGUUUAUUUCAGUGCAAUCUCAUUUAUGGUUUUGUUUUUUCAGGCAUUCUACCCAGUAGAUAAUCUAUUGGAAAUUAAAAGUGGAGACUCUAUAGUAAGCAGUGGUCUUUUUAUUGCAAUAAAAAAAUCUCACCCUUCCCAAUGUUUUCAGUCUCCUGCCUUGUUUUUUCCACCUCCUCACCUGACCAGCAUAACCCUUCUCAACUUUCAUGUUUACUGACUAGCUUUCCAAAUCUCCUUAGUGUCAUCUCCCCUGUUCUUUCACAGCAAGCAUAUUUACACUCUCGUUUUUCAUUUUCUUCUCAAUUUUAUUCAUUUCUUCCUUUUUCCAAUGCAUCUCCCCCAUUUCACACUUUCAAACCAAGAAUUUUUUGCUUUUGCCUACUGUAACUUAGACUAAAUUUGUUGUUUCUCUUUGUUUAAAGCAUUAAAUACUCUUAACUUACAGGCUGCCCGUUGCACUUUCAAUUCCAUGCAGAGAAACAGAGUAACACACUCAGGGUAUGCUUGUUAUAUAUCAAUGUAGCCAUUAUCUUACCAGACCACCGGUAGUGUUCCUCUGAAUAAAAGGAGAAUUAUUAAAUUUCUGAAGAAACUGUGGUGUUGCAUCAGUAGGGUAUUACAAAAUAAUUUUGGUUUUUAUUAACUGAAUUGAUAAUGUGUAUUGGCCACCAAAGAGAGUUUCUGACACAUAUGUAUGGAGCGUUUCACUUUGUUGUUAUUUAUGCCAUCAGACUAAUUAAGAGAUUCAAAUCUCUAUCUCUGUUACCAGAUUAACCCAUAGCGAUGAAAUGUGUAAUUUUUACAUAAUGUAUUGGUAUGAUCCAAAACAAGUUAAAGGAGCCAGCAGUCCCAGGGAUUUGUGUAAGCUUCUGGAUCCUAGCAACCUUGAUUUCCCGGCAGAUUCUGAUAAGCUACUACCAAACAAACGAUUGAUAUUGGCCAUGAAGUGAAACUGGCAAAAGUACAGGUAAGUGGUUCCCUAGAGUGAGAUUGUUUAUCACGAGUUGCGAGAAAAAAAAUCACAUUCAGGAUACUUAGUGUAAGAUCUUAAUCUUGGUGAAUUUGAGCAUUCUGUUCCAAAGUUGGGAUGUGUCUGAAUGAGGGUAGUCUUGAAUUUGAUAAACUGAGCAAAAGUUGGAUCACUCUGGUGAAGACUUCUGCUCUGGUUAUGACCUCGUAAAACACUGUCAUAAACUACAGCCCUCUUUUGGGUCUACUCCAAAUUCUUUAACGUUCAAUGAGACGUUCCUUCAACAUUUUACUUGAAUGGUUAAAAAUUAUGCUUUUCAAGGGUAAUUCUCUGAGGGAUAAAAGUGCAUUUUUUUCAAAAACUUCCCUUAUUCUGAGUGAUAUCAUGUGCCAGUUUUUUUUUAUUUGUGUGAGGGAGUGUAUGAGACAUUUCAAUUAUUGGCACACAAACGCGCAUAAAUUUCAAAGAACGAUCUUGACCUUUACAAAACCCCUAGACACUGUCUUUUUCUCUUAAGUUCUCCUAUAAAAUCUAAGAGAAUUUCAAAAAUAACAUAAAGGACGUUUCAGGUGAGGCACAGAAGGUUUUAGGUUGUGUGCAGAACGUUUUGCAUUCCAAGCUUCAAGAACUGUGCGCAAUGUUUUAUAUUCAAUAACUAGUAAUGUUCUCUUUUUCCACUUCAUGUCAUCUCUAAAGUGUGCAUGCUGGACCUUUUUUUAUGAUCAAGACUGCUGAAACAAUGUCAUGGUCAGGGUACAGAGAGCACUAACUUUUUUUAAAUUUUUGUAUCAUUUUUCAAUAUUUGAUUGCAGGCAGCUAGGAUGAAAGUGGGAUAACCAUGAACUACCUAGUGACAGAUCUUGAUGGAAAAAUAACUCUAUAUUUUCGCGUUUGUUUUACUUGGCGUGUGAUUUAGAGUGGAGCAAGGCCCCUCAUGAGACAUUCCGUCUCGGAAAUCAUGUAUUUUCAAAUGAAUGCUUUUAAUAUAUUUCUGGUGACUCCAAGAGAAAUUCAGUUCAACACGUCCGCCUAACAGAAUAAAAAUAAUAUUGAUGAUGACUUUUGAUAUUUGGAAUCCAUUACAUAUUUUUUCGGCAAGGUUGCCAAAAAGCAAGUUUCGUGUAGUCAUAAUGUAUACCUCGUUCUGGAGAAAGAAAAAAAUGAUGCCUCAUUGUCGAUAAGUUAAUUCCCAAAAUCACCGCUCCCAUCAUAGUGCAGUGUGACUUUCCAGGUAGGUGUUUUCAAGCUUAGAAAAAGAACGAAAAAUUACGCUUGGAAAGCCAUUUGCGCAAUAUAAUAAGUGUAAUUUACGUAUUCAGUUCGAAUUCAUCACAACAACCUUGCCUGCGUGAAGACGCUUUCCAGCAGUGAUAUUAAACUAGCCUCUGUUGUUAGAAUUUUGUCUCGCGCUUAUGAAAUGAAUAAACAGACGUUAACCAGCAACCUCUUUAAAUAAACUUGAAGUUUAUAUUUUAGGUUCUGUCGAGUAUUUUGUUCCCUUUCGUUGAUGAGGGUCCAAAUCUUACUAUCGUGUUCGCGUGGGGUUUCCUUUCCCGGCGUAAAUGUACGUAUUUGUUAUGAUGGAGCCCUUUUUCGGUAAAGCAAUCCUCAUUUUGCGUCACAUUCCCCUCAAAUUCAAGCGUUUUCUCAUUCUCUGAUUUCCUAACAUCCUGAGUGUGUGGGCGUCUGACGACGUAUUGAGGAAACUAUGGAGAUAUACCACGCAGGGAUCGGAAAACACGUUUAACUGACGCUAGAAGGGAUUCAAUGAAAAUAUCGGAAGCUAAUUUCGUGUUAAUCAAAGUUUAAAUUCGUGCUAUGGAAAAAUGGUUUUAUAAACAGACAAAUUCUACCGAUAGAAUAGUACAAAAUGCUUGACAAGGAGUUAUAUGCUUUAAAUAGUUCAAGUGGUAUUGAAUAAAACAAAAAGGAGGCUUAUGAUAUGGGUUUUGAGUGCUCAAACUAUUUCAUCUUUUGGGAUGUCAAAAUAUGGAUGAAAGAGAGGGAUUUUUGUUAGCUGCGACGGGAAUACAUCAGUUCAAACAGUUUCAUUUUAUCAAAAAUUUUUCUUCGAAGAAUAUCUAUCAGGAAGCCGAAUUUAAAAUCACGAAUAAAUUUAAAACUAUAUGAAAAGCCGAAAAUGGAUUGGAACAAUGAGAGAAUCAAUGUUGUUUGAGACACAAUGGAAUCAACGCCUAAGAAAAAUACUAUUUGUCACUGGUUUGCUAUGCGUCGUAUCUAGGAGGGUCAGAAACCCAAACAAUUUCAAUAAUUUCUUUUUUAAAGAGUUUUGAUUUCAAAUUCCAACGAAGAAACCAUAAUUGUGAUAUUUUACUGCGAUCAAAACACUUCGAUAUUUCCCUAGCAAGCUGAUUAUCGCGCUCAUCAUCUGUUACAGGUGAAAAAUCUUGAACAAUGGACCAAUCACAGGUCUGUCUGUUAAAUAUUUUUUCCGCUUCACUACAUCACUUCGCGAUGAGAGAUCGCAUACAUAACUAACAAAGAAAGAAGGGGGUACAUUGGCGGGUGUUUCGUUGAUCACAAAUUAAUAAACAGAGAAUUGCUCUGUUUCUCUUUUCAUAUUAGAAGAAGAUAUGUUGUGAGACAUCAAGGGAAUAUAACGCGCUGUUGGAUUCUACGGUGUUGUACGGUAGUUACGAACGGAAUCGAACGGUUGUAAUUUUGAAUCCCUGUUCUUCAAGAUCAACAUGAUCGGGAGCUUCGCCUCUGUUGUCUUGUGGACCGUUUCGUUUAUAACGAUGUCCAUCUCCUACGGAGACUACGAUGAACAGUUAAGAAGUUAUUACGAUAACCUGUACCAAAGAUCUUCUGUCAAAAAGCAACAAAGUGACGGCAAGUCUUCAGGAAUUGUGAAACUCGCUAUGCCUGGCGUUCAUCCAACUAAGGUUAGCAGUACUUUCUUUAAGUAUCCCUUUUACAGAUAAUUUUUUCAGCUCUUCGAGCUUAUAUAUAUGGGAAUUAUAUUCGAAAAACGUAUAAAUAUUUUUGUAUAACAUAACAUAGUUGAAAACGAGCGCGAAAGAUUCAUUUUUCGGAACGAAGAGAUCAAUCUAUCCCCAGUUAUUUUAUCGACUCAUCCGACCGCCUCUGUUCUUCCACAGUUCAGUUAUUCCUAAUCAACUGGUUUCGAUGGGCGGCUAAUUAUUUUUUUACAUAUUCCUCCUCAUUAUACUCGUAGGAAAGUAAAUCCAGAGCUUUCCACACGUUUUUUCGCCUGAAAUUUUCUCUGAGUUUAUAGGAGAACCUAAAGAGGAAAUCAUAGGGUCAAAGGGUUUUGUAAACGUCAAGAUCGUGUUUCGAAGUUUUAUUCAUGUUUGUGUGCCAAAUUUAGUUGCUCGAAAAUGCAAAUCGUACGCAAAAGCUUAAUAGAGAACUAUUUGAAGCUUCGAUGUAUGUGAGCACAACAGUUUCUCCAUUUUAACCUAAUGGUUUGAAUUUCAACAAGGGGAAUAUUAAAAUUGAGGAGAUGUUUGUCCAACGAAUUUGACAGUCGGCCGCAGGCAUAUUGAUAAGCUAAGCUUUUUAUGUGAUGUCAAUUAUAUUCCACUCGAUUUGCAUAAUAAUUUUCCGAACAGCUGUUUCCCUUUGUUAAUUCUUGGGUGGGCGAUUCUUUUUAUUUUUUGAACCCACUUGAUCUACAAAUGGAAAGAGAAAAAAAUAUAUACAAGUUAAAUACGUUUGAUAAACAGUGAAUUCGAAUGAAUGGUUUAUUUUUGUUUAAAAAAUCCAGCGAAUUUCAUCUCUGCAUUUGACAAAGUGACUAGCAAUCGAAAACACUAUUAAAAUUUUAUACUUCCGUCAUGCAAUCGGAGAUCACAAUAACUUAAAUACUGGCUAAAAGCGAAGGAACUGAAUAACGUCAUGUUUGCUUGCUUUAUUUGGUGGAAAAGCCCUACACAAAUUUCACCAAAGUUAUACAUAUUAUUUUACAUAUCAUAUCAAUAACUUUAUGCGAGUCUUUACCAGUUCAACUUCUGUGACAUUUACAUAGGUUGAAUUUGUGCCUUUUACGAAAAAUAAUUUUUAUAAAUGGAUGGCGUUCUCUUAGAGAUAAAAGAGAUUAUUCCUUCCCAGAGAUGUGAACUGAUCAAUUUUAAUUUUUCUGGUAAAUUCUUGAAUUUACCAGAAUGAAUCAUUUUAUAGAGAUGUUUAUCAGCCAUUCAACCCUCAGUAAAUGCAACAGAAGCUGCAGUGUUAGAGUUCAAUACAUACAAUUCAAUUACUUUACAGCAUGAUUCCUACCUUUGUACUGCCGUGGAUCUUAGGAACAAGAAAGCAUACAUAGGUAAUAUGUUUCCUAUAAAUUUUACUUUUGUAUAACCAAGACCAAUUAUUUGAUAAGUGCUGUAAUGUUGAAGGAUGAUACCACAGCUAAAGGAAUGUAACUCUAACAGGGAGCAGUUAGCAGACAAGCAUAUAACUCUUAUGUCAACUGUGCAUGGGUUACAAUCUUGUAGUGUUAGAACGUAGUUGUGCAACCAUGUAAUUAUAAACACCUUUGUUCAUAGCUGAGCAACAAUUCAAGCAACACCUUUUUUUAUAAUUCAUUUCAGCUGGGUUUGAACCUCAUGCUGAAAUGCACACAGCACAUCACAUGUUAUUGUUUGGAUGUCCAACACCAGGGGAAAAUGCUUUAGCAAGUGAAGGGAAAUAUUGGUAUGUCAAAGAAAAGUAUUACUCAAAUGUUGAUAUGCUACAGGGAAUAAAAAUUCCUACAGCCAAAAUUUAGUAAAUUAAUGACACAUGACUUUCAUCAUAGGAGAGAACAUCGAUUGAAAGAUUUUGUUUUUUUGUUCCCAUGAACACUCUGAUUCUGAUAAAAAUAACCCUGUUUGGACGAUUUAUUUAGCCCAAUUACUUUUUCUCACAUCACCAAUCUGACAAGAAGAGCUUUUACAUGAGAAUCGAUUAAUUAAAAAUGUUUUGAAGUUCUUGCUCUUUGUUCAAGUCGUAUUAUGUGAAAAAUGUUGUUGUGCAAAUUAAACUGAUUGAACAUUAAUUAAUAGAUAAAUAAAUAAGCAAAGAUUUUAUACAGUAGUCUAUUUAUAUUCUUUAAAAAAAACUUAGUUCAAUGUUUCAAUGUUGCAAUGAAUAGUGCAGCAAUAUUGUAGAACAGGCUGUCAACAAUAGAUGAAUGUUGAUUAUUGAUUGAAUGAAUGCAUUAAUAUUUACUUACUUACAGGUAAGUUGUUUUUGUUUUAGGAACUGUGGGGAUAUGGGAUCUGGUGUAUGUAAAGGCAGUGGAGAGAGAAUAUUGUAUGCUUGGGGAAGAAAUGCUCCUGUGUUGAAGCUUCCAAAGGGUAAGGCAGGAAAAUAAGUUGUUACUGUUGUCAUCAUCAUCAUCCUCAUCAUUAUGAACAUUGAUGAGAUCUUCAUAUAGGUGGUGGAGCAUUUUGAAACACAAAGUGGGAGAGAAGUCAUCACUCACCAUGCCAAAGGCAUACCUCUACUUAAGAUUCCCAAAAUGGCCUUUGCAUAGUUUUUUAACACAGGAAAAUCACUUUAUCUUCUAAUCAAGCAGCAAUGUCCAGUGUGUCAACCAUCUAUUUUUCUUUGAGAAAAUGCAUUGAUAGGCUGUUUUUCAAAUAUAGCUGUUACAUGUAAGCUUGUAAUAAUUUUUGCAGGGAAUAGGCCAUUUUACAGUUGUGUACUUAGUUGCCAAGCCUUUGAUUUGAGGCUGAAGGUGACCUGGUUGUGAUAGAGACCAGCAUCUAGUUAGCGUGAUAACAAAGUAAUUUGCAUUUGAAAAGCAGCAAGGUUUGUAUCAUAACAACAUCAUCCUUAGCCUCACUCCUGUUCAAAGGCUUGGCAACCAAGCAUGCAAUUGUACAAAGGACUAUUGUAGGAUCUGUGCCCUCCUUAUUUCUAGUUUUCCCGUUCCUUUUGCUCUCUACCUCUUAUUUUUCACCAUCACCUCAUGGCCUUCUGUAAUACUACUGGCAUGUCAAUUGCUUUGAAUUCAUAACCAUUAGUUGACCAAAGUGUGAUAUACUUCAUUUGAACUCAGAAAGAUCAAAAUGAAAAUGACAGUCUGACUGAUAAAAAUGAGGACACUGAACAUACAUAUGUACAAAUCCUCUACAUCUUAACAUCAGUAUGUAUAUUCUCCAUACUGUUCUCUAUACAUUUUCUAAGGUGCUGACAAAGUGAAUUUUUUCAACAAUCAAGAGCUUGUUUGGUUGGUGAUAAUUUCCUCAUGACCAUAAUGUUAGACUCAGGGGUGAUAUUGUUGGGAGAGCAAUAUUAAUAAUUAACCCUUCAACCAUUUAGGGGUUUAGGGUUAAUUUUUUUGUUAAAAGUCAUACAACUACUGUAGGCUUAAAAAAUUAUUGUUGUUGAUUUUGUAGAUGUUGCCUUUGAAGUGGGAGGCAAUUAUCUUGUACUUCAAGUUCAUUAUGGAAAGGUGGAUAACUUUGUUGGUGAGUUGUGUAAUAAGUGGCCAUUCCAUGUCCCCCCUGACAGGGAUUGAAGGUCAACAAAUACUUUUCCAUUUUUAAAAAAUGUCUUAUUAGGGUGCAUCUGAAUUAUAUGCUUCAAUUUUUCACAGCCAAUCCUAGUCUUAAAGAUUAUUCAGGGGUGGACCUACAAACAACAAGAGUCCAGUGAGUAUUUUAAUUGUUACUUUCUAUGCUCAAGGUAUUGCAGGAAUCAGGGCAAGGUGACACUGAAAAUUCAGCUUUUAAACUAGCUGCACAUACACUGUGAAAAUUGUUUUUGUCAUGGAAUGAUAACCACAAACUGCGUGGGUAAGAAGUCUUGGUGCUGUUAGUUAGUUUAAGUACCAAUAGCUAGAUAACACAAAUAUGUGCUGCAUUUAAGGUAAAUGAGUUGAUAUAUUUUCUUAAAUGCCUUUAUAAGAUUAAUUCCCUUCCUUCCAUGAGUGUGACUUUCCAUCUUCUUCUUUUCCUUCAUUUUUGUUUUUUUUUUUUACCUCCUCUUUUGGCUCUUUUUCUCCCUACCCCUCACUCCCUCCUUCUCUCCCUUUUUCUCCCUACCCCUUCCUCCCUCCUUCUCUCCCUUUUUCUCACUUGCCCCCCCUCCCUCCUUCUCUCCCUUUUUCUCACUUACCCCCUUGUCUUUCCCACAGUGUACAUCAUCCUCCUAUUUUAGUUUCUACCACUUUUCUCCUCACUGGCUUCCUUCCCUCUUUCCUUUUGUUCACUUUUUUGCCACUGUGUCUUGUAAGGAACAAGUCACAAAUAAAACAGAUUCCCUUGCUCCUCCUGCUAUAUGUAGGCCGCAGUACAAGGCUGGCAUCAAGAUCCUGGCUGUUAGUUGGUCCCUUGUCCCACCCAAAAAACAAGGUUGAAAUUAUGAAUUAAAUUGAUAGUAUGGGUAAUAGCAUGAUUUUGAGUGCAAUUUGGUGUUAAUAAGCACAAGUUAAUUUUUCAAAGACAAAAAAAUUGCACAAGCCGGUAGGGCAAGUGCAAUUGGUGGUCUGAAAAAUUUACAAGUGCUUAUUAACACUAACUUGCUAAAGAAAUCAUGUUAUUACUUGUUAAUAAUGUACAUGAAAAACAUCACAGAAAGUCAGGAUAGACAAAAUUUUGAAAGGUUGCACAUGCUCUUUGUAAUUUGCACUUGUGUUACAUGAGAAUGCACUUGUUUUUAGCCAAUCAGAAGAAGGAUUUUUUUUCAUGUACAUCAUUAUCAAUGUAUUCUGAAUGAUAGCAUAAAAUCAGUUACUAUGAAACAAUUUAGCAAUUUUUAAACUGACAGUUUAAGAGAAAAUAUUCUUAACAACUUAAAAGUAUAAAUUUUGAUUUUCAGAGAUUAAAUCAGACAGUAAAACUCAGGUUUUCAAAGUAAAGAUUUAAUUUUGCUUGAACAUCAAUUGUAUAACUUGCCUAAUGCCCACUUCUUUUCUUUGACUGAAUAGACUAAAUGGUUUUCUGAGAGUAAAUGUUGUUUGAGCAUAACAUAAACUAAAAGGCCAAAUUUUCAAAAGUACAUUCAAAUGAAGAACAGAUAAUUUAACUAUACCAUAUAAAAAAAGGUCCUAAAAUCUAAAUUGCAGUAGUGUGUAUUUAAUUAAUAAAUGAGUUUUCAUCCUGCUGGCAAAUUUUCCAUUCAAUUUUCCCAUGUGAAGUUAGUUACUCCAGGUAUAAGAGAGGAUUUUACUGUUAAAUCCACAUUUUCUUUAGUGAUUACACUGUCCUUCAAAGAAGUCUGAAACCUAAACAUAGCUUAUCAGCCAGAAUGGAUUGGCUGUGUGUUAGCAGGAUAUUCUUUACUUCAAUCUUAAUGAUUUUUUUUUUGUUUCUGACAAAAAUGAGACCUGCAAUCUCCUCUACAAUAAAACUGAUAAACACUCACCCAUUCACUCAUUCAAAUCGCCUGCAUCUUUUUUAAUGUCAGUUAAUGGCUGAAUAAUGGCUGAACAAUGGUCUUGGGCAAUGCAAGCAAUUUGUCCUUCUGGUCUAAAAUAAUCUUUCCUCUGUUAGCCAGUUAGUUAGUUUUUGUGAUUUUGCUUGUAGUUCUUAGCUUUCUUGCUGUUAUUACUAUUUGUUUGAAUGUGGCAUUGUUAUAUUUGUAAGAAAGGACAGUUUCUCCUCCUAUCAUGACUGGUUCAGUGAAUAGCAUGAUAAAUCAUACUGGGGCUGAUUGAAGUCACAACUGAACAUAAUUCAUCUUAAAUCCACUGGAACACUUGAUGUAAAUGCAAGUAUUUUCUGUAACAACUUCCCUGACCCUGACAGUGAUCCUGAUCUCAGCCAUGCAUGACAUCACUCUGGCAGGAAUCCCCUCUUUUUUCAUUUUGUUCCAAGAUCUCUGUGGCAAAACUUGUUCUAAAGUGAGGUAAAAUCCUCAUGUGCUUACACAUCUAUGAUAAUAAGCCCAAUUGUUCUUUGAUCUUUAAAUUCCAUUCUCACAGUUUUGUUUCUCUCCUCAUCACAGACCUAGUCAUUUGGCUGCGAUAUUUCUUUUAGCCUCUGGUGGAACUAUUCCUGCAAAUGAGAAAGGUUGAUUGAUGUUGUUUAUCUUAUUAUCCAAACUUUUUGAGUGUAUGCAACUUGACCAAUUGAACACAUGCAUUUACAUUGUAUGAAAAAGAAAAAAAAAAACAACAACAACAACAACAACUGAUAUUGCCGUUCAUCGCCUGACAAGCCUAAACAACCACUGAAACGAUUGUUACACGAACUGGACUCUGUACACUUAACUGACAACAAACUUUCCACUUGACUCUGAUGAUGACUUCCACUCAGUUUGUCAAAACAUCAAUCACUACUAACGACAUCAUUCCUUUCAUGACUAACCUCACUCAGACGAUCAGGCUACACAAUCACACAAAAUGAUUGUUGCUGCUACCUAACUUCUGACAUCAAAGUUGUUAAGGCAUUAUACAUCAGCCAACGAGAAGGUCGAUUCGAAUUAACUUACUGGAAGGUUGCACUGAUAAAGUACAGUAACCGUUUACGAUAUUAUUGUCAAUCUCGGGCUCCCAAUUCAUAUAGUCACAUCGCAAUAAACCCUGUAACCAAAGCCAUGACCAUACAAGACAGGCACGGUUGGCUAAAGUAAUCCUGCAAGUGAAUAGUUGUCAUUGCUAGAAAAUGUACUAUUUUCAAUAGUAUUCUGAGCUGAACUGCAAAUGAUUUCAACUAAAGCAUUUGGCAAGUUAUACACAGACGAUCUUUAGUUGACAUGUAUUUUUCUUUCUAUAAUUUCUUUAUUCUACCAAUUGGUGACCACUCCAUUAAUUUUUUAAGCGUUGUAAAUCAUCGUCUCUGCGUCUUUGACAUUUACUCUUUAUUUUUUAUUUAGCCUGGCAUUUAGACACUGGAUGUGGUUACCGCUAUGGACCCGACCUACACCCUUUUGCUUUCCGAGUCCACGCCCAUUCUCUUGGUAAGCUUGACUUAAGUCAUUGUGAGACUGUUUACUUUACGGAGUUCUCAAAUUGUAGAAUGAUGCGGUAAUUGUUUACGAACGCAGGUUUAUUUCACAGAGUAUUUAUAUGUUUUUCAUUGUGAAAUCGUUAUAGGGAGUGUUAUUACUGGCUACAGAAUACGUGAUGGAAAAUGGACUCUCAUAGGGAAAGGAGAUCCACAGCGGCCGCAGGUGGGGUAACAUUUGAGCACCUUUUUGCAAAUCAGAAAUUAGUGACCAUCAACCAUCACAAAAACAACUGAACCAAAACCAAAAAUGAAAGCUUGAUAGAUACGACAACCCUUUUUCUUGCAUGACACAUUUUCAGUUUUGAUUUGAGGCACUUCAUUGAAAUGAUUUUUAUUCUUGUUCUUUUAUUAUUCUUUUACGCUAGGCGUUGAAUUCAUGUAAACAACUGACAGGAUGUAGUGCAAAGUUUCUUGGCAUUUCCUAGAGUAUUCUGGCCCUAAUAUAUUUUUUUGAUUAUUUUUCAGGCGUUUUACCCAGUGGAUAAAGAUGUGGAUAUAAAAAGUGGGGAUUCUAUGGUAAUAAAAACUUGACCUUUUUCUUCUUCCCUGAAGUGUUGUGUUCCCAGUUUGGUUUCGAGCAUCGUUGUCGUAUUGUGGUGUCUCCAUUAAUUGUCUUGCAUUCCAUCUCUUUCAUUGCGCACUUUCUUUCUAGUUUCACAAAUGUCUGUUUUAGUCCUGUGCGUCUCGUAGGUGACCCAUGCCUCAGGGUUUUUUUCCUUGUGAAACUUGUAAUAGAAGCCGAGUUUAUUUUCCCUGAUAUCCAAUAUUUAAUACUCUCAAUCGCCAGGCUGCCCGAUGCACUUACAAUUCAACCCAGAGAGACCAUGUAACAUAUAUCGGGUAUGUUUACAAUUUUACUAUCAGAAGUCAUAAACAUGUAACUUGUUACGAUAUCAAUACAUUAUCCUACAAACUGGUGACGAGAGUCGACAUACAUUUCAAACAUAAUCUUGACAGAACAGCAAAUUCUGUUACUUUAGAGCGCAUUUCGAUUGAGUGUCGUAAAACCAAAUAGCCAAUUAGAGGAAAGGAAAAUAACACGACGAGAAAAUGAUAAUUAUAUGUAAAAGUAAGCAGACCGCUCAAAGCGCGGGAAAACGCGUGUGACGCAGGUGCGACUGGCUUUGGUUUUAAAUCUGAUUGGUUAAGAGGAUGGUGCGAGUACUCUGGACCAAUUACAGAGCUUACAAAAGUAAAACCAAUGUGAUCCUUAAUUUGUUUCACAACUCGAUUGAAAAUUGCCCUACAAGGAAAUUAAUAGUUGCCAGAAGGGAGAAAUUAUGGGCGGAUGUCGUUAACAUGAAAAUGAUAUUUCAUUCUUUUUCAAAUGCAACCCGUUUUCACUUGAAAAGUUUGGCACUUAGCCGCAUUAAGCUGUAUUCCAAAACCAUAGUUGUGUUUCUCUCACUUAAGUUACAGCUUAAUUUUUUUAGCUAUACCUCAUUUUUUGCAGAGCAACUAUGAAGGACGAAAUGUGUAAUUUUUACAUGAUGUACUGGUAUGACCCAAAACUGAAUGACUUGGGAGGUGACAGUGUCGAAGACAUGUGUCGGAUUAUUGACGAGAGACAGCUCGACUUCCCGUCAGACUCUGAUGUCCCGUUACCAGGCAGUGGACCAAAAAUGGAGAUGAAAAGAAACCUUGGCGAAAGUAGGUGGUUCAUUCAAUGAAACUGUAACUAUUGUUUUAUGGGAAACGAUCACUUAAAUUCAACUUGGGAGUAUCAGUCAGUCACAUACAGGUUUUUUUUCUUUUUUUCAUGAAGCCUCUUCUAGCAGUGGGUUUGGCCAUAUGCGGGAUUUUUGUGGUUGUUAACGGGUUUCGAUUUCAAGUCGUUUUCAAAAGGCUUAGAAUCGUCUGGGUGAAAUUUCCUGUAGGUUACAGGUUAUUUCGAGUUUUCUCGGAAUCUUUCAGGUUUUACAUGGGUGGUUUCGGGUUCUAUGCGGAAGGGUUAGAUGGCGCUUUCCUCUUUUUCCAGUUUCAUCUCAUCUUUUCUGCGCGCUUGACUCUGCUGCUAUCACUUUCAUCUUUCUGACCGCGAAAUCCCUCUCGUUGUCGAGCUAAACAAAGCGCUGAUUUUUUUUUGUUUCGUUUCUUUUAAUCGCAGGCCAGCUUUGAUGAAAGUGAUAAGCGUUGAAAGAUGCGAUCUGAUGAAAGAACUGGUUGGAAAAAUGUUUCAAUGGAAGAUAUUAAUAAAAGAUGUCAUCCAAAAAAUAGAUAAGAAGAGUUCAACGAAUUCAAUUAGAAACGCCAAUAAUUUUCACGGUUAAAGUAACCGACAAAAUAUUUCUACACUAAGCGCGGUGUAUUUAUUUAAAUGUUUAACCCAGUGAAAGUAAAAUAAUAAACUAUGUUUUAACUUUUUGACACCAAUGGCUUGUUAUAACUUCUUUUGAAGUUCAAUUGCAUCUCGAUAAAGAAUAAAGUUAUUUUUUAAAGCAUGAUCAGCAGAUCUCUGUUUUUGUUUUUUUUUUUUUUUUUUUUUUUUUUUCGUGAUCAUGAUGUUGUUAUCACAUCUUGCCUUGUUUUCUAUGAUGUAUUUAGCGAAAUAGGUAUCAGUUAACGUCACAAUCAACAUUUCCAGAUUCAAGAAUUGUAAUUUUUUCUAUUUGCAAUCUACCCAAUCCUUUACCUGAAAGUGUUGGUACUCUUAGAGACAAGUCCCCCCCUCCCUUGUGCAAUUCCUCCCCUUCCCCCUCCGUUAAUCCCUUUUCACACGGUUGGUCCUUGGUUAAGUUACUUUAAUUCUGAUUGUAAAGUCAAAGGUGGCCGAAAGAUGAGAAGAUAAAAUCAAAGAGAUCAACUAGAUCUAAACUACCUGAGAAUAAUGUCUGCGUUGUUAAUUAGGUUAAGGAGGUGAAGAUGGGCUUAACUCUCCUCUUCAUAGAUGGCGAGUAGUAACGGGUGCCUUAAACUAGGUGAUUAUAAAUUAUCUUGCGAUCUCACUUUUUUCUUCUUAUCAGUGUAUGUCUUUCGAGAAGCGGAUAGCAAUAAUUUUAAUCUUAUCUAUCUAAUGCUGAAUGUUUGAAAAUAGUAUUUUGUAACUUUCCGGGGUGGAUGUGGAUUGGUUUUGGUGAUUUCUGCAAUUUUUUCUAUAUUUGAGAGACACCAGAUCUUGCUUCGCGCGGCUAGUGUUGAACGAUGAAGGUGCUCAAGGUUAUAACGUUAAUCGUAUAACACUGUGGCUAAUCGUAUAACACUGUGGCUAAUCGUAUAACACUGUGGCUAAUCGUAUAACACUGUGGGUCUGUGAAUUGUAACUUCUUCGGUUACAUUCAUUAAAUCUGUAAACCAGAGUAGCAUCAAACCAUGUCUGAUUGUGACUUAUUUCAGGAUUCUGCGCACCGAAUUGCGAUGGCGAGAGUUCGCCUUUGCUACUUGAAGAAGAUCAGAGUUGGCAAGGAAAUAAGCUGGCUGACGUUAUGAGACGGUCGAGUAAACUUGGUCAAGUUACUGCCGUCGAAAUUGAUUCGGAAGGAAAAGUGCUCAUAUUCCAUCGAGCAUCAAGAAAAUGGCAAGCUGAGUAAGUGUCUGCAUCACGUCUGGUUUUACCCUUUAACUCCUAGGAAUGAAUAGUAUCUAAUUUCUCCUUACAAUAUCAUCCCGGAAUCAAACAUUAGGAUCACGAGAAUAAAGGAAAUGACCACCCGCUAAAGAAGGUCUCGAUCGUUAAAACAAAUUCUUCUUGUCAGCCCCUAAAGAAAUCGAAAGAAAUGUACAGAGAACAGUAUGGAGAAUAUGCAUACUGAUGUUAGGGUGCACGGGGUGAAAGCGCCGUAAAGAUAACUCAGCGCAGUUUUCAUUGUUUUCCAAGCCGUGCCUCAAAUCCUACUAAAAGACCUUUUUUAACAAGUGUUUUCUGGUUGCAGUUCGUUCGAUGAGCACAAUAUCUUCUCCGCUACAAGUGAUCCCAUCCCAGAAUCGACUGUGAUGAAGUUGGAUCCACAAACAGGGGAAGUUAUUGACAGCUGGGGAGAAAGAAUGUAAAUGUCUUACUUUGCUGGUGGUCUAUAUGUUAUGAACGCACACUCUUUCUCCAAUUCCGUACCACCUAGUCCUCCCUUCUCGUUCCCCAUUUAACUGCUUAUGCUCCCGCUUCAGUUCUGUACUCCCUGCACUUCCUCCUCCAGUUGCAAAAAUUCUCAUUUCCUCCUUUAAUUUUUAGCUCCCUACUUCCUCUUUGCCGUUUACCCUCGUUGUAUUCUGGUGCCCUCUCUCUCUCUCCUACCGUGCCUUCCCGUAAUUCCUCAUUCCCUCCCCCUCUUUUCCGCUCUGUCCCCUCCCGCCUCUAUCGUCCUGCCUUCCUCCCACACCCAUUCCUCUUAUCUACACCCAUUUCUUAAACUUCUCGUUUUCUCCUAUCCAGGUUCUUUAUGCCUCAUGGGCUGACCAUCGAUCAAAAGGGCAACAUUUGGUUAACAGAUGUAGCCAUGCAUCAGGUUGGUAGUAAACUCUUGGCCGUGGAACUGUUUUACGUAAAUAUGUCUUCAAUUCUCGCGUCAAUUUUUCCCAUAUGGGUUUCUUAGAAUGUCUGUUAAUUUUGACAGGUAUUUAAGUUUCCUCCGGGAGAGAAAAAGCGAGCCUCACUGACACUAGGAACACAGUUUGUCCCGGGGAAUGAUGAAAAUCAUUUCUGUAAACCAACCGACGUCGCUGUUGACUCAGAGGGGAAUAUCUUUGUUUCUGACGGGUAAACUAUGACGUUCUUGUGGUGUUUCGAAUUGUCUGCUCUUGGCGUUGCUUUUGUUGUUAGAGUGUCGUUCAGUUUCCUAUAUAAUAUUUCCUGAUUCCGUGUUUUUUCUUACAUUUCAGAUACUGUAAUAAUCGGGUCAUAAAGUUUUCCCCUGAUGGCAAGAAAGUACUUUUGAUGAUAACGAAUGAAAAAUUGCAAGGGCUUGGUGGGUCAACACUCUUAUCUAAAGACCUCUAAACGAUUGUCCAAGUGGUAGUUCUUUACAUUUACGUCCAGUCUUUGUGUUUGAGCGUUUGAAAUGUUUCGUGUUAUGAAUAGUCGUAAAUUAUUUCAAAUCUGAUCGAUUCCCUUUCACCUUUACCUAGUUCAAAGACUUGAUCUUGAAGAACAUAUCUUGCAAGUGCUUUCAUGGGAUAAAAGGGAAACAUCAGUGAUCCUUGGUCUCCUUUCUUUCAGUUCCAAGUAAUUUUGAGAUCCCUCACAGCUUGUCCCUGGACGAGAAGAACCGUCGGUUGUUUGUAGCCGACAGAGAAAACAGCCGAGUGCUACAGUUUGACUCUGUUAACGGUCAUCUCGUUCGCGAAAUCAAAGCAUUUGGGGAAAGAGCUUUUGCCGUACACUAUCAUCCUGAGCAAGGUAUGCACAUAGAAUUUACUUUCAUCCAUUACUUAUUAACAAGAUAUUAAUAAAUUAAUAUACACUGCUUAAGACAUGUAGCUAUGUAAACAACUAUCUUAAAUUUUUCCAGGUGGUGUGUUACAUGUGGUCAACGGCCCUUCUUUCUCUGAAGCCCAGGGCUUCACGUUCAUUUUGAACAAAGGCAGUGUAUUACAGCACUGGGAACCAGCCUUGGUAAGCAUGUAGUGCGAAGGAUAGGAGGAGUUUCAUGAACAUUAAAUUUCAGCCGAGUAAACCCCUACGCGUGCUACUUUUGUGAUUGGAAAUUUCUUAAAAUCUUGCGCACGCAUUGUGCCUAGUUGUUUGCCGAACAAGAGUAACGCGGCAGUGUGGAUGUGCCUGCAAUACAGCUGCAAACGCAUGUUCUAAGUAUAAUUGUGUAUGUCCGAUUGGACGGUUAUUUUCUGGGCUUGAUGGUUUACCAAAUUUUCUUAGCUAUGGUGUUACGCUUUGCACGAUUUGCGAGCUCCGCUAAAAUAUAACUUCAACUGUGUGAAGAUUGGGUCGGUCUUAUUGCCGAGGGAUAACUUGCGAUGGACUUGUAUUCACUUUAAUCUUUAAGUGCUCAGGAAACCGGAAGAAGUUCCGGCUGGGUAGACUUUUUUUUUUUCACUCAACUAAACGUUUUGUUCUUAUUGCGUAAUCGACUUGUAAUUUUAGGGCUUCUCACAACCUCAUGAUGUCACUUCAAGUCAAGAUGGUGCUGUGUACGUAGCAGACAUUGGCAGGAACACAGUUUGGAAAUUUAAGCGACAUGUCACCAGUCAAUAAUACCAUAACAAAAGUAUUACGUAGUUUUUAUUUCAAAAUUAUUUUUGGUCACAAUUGUUAAUUUGUUAAGAAAAGAAAAUUUACGGUCUCCCAACAGCAAUGUAAUGUAGUCUCUCAAGAGUUGCUGACGUGUUGAUGUUUUUUCGUUUUUGUAAUAAUUGAAGCUCGGUAGGUUCUUAUGGAAAAGAGGGGGG